CUGGUGUUCCUCUGGAGUUCCUCUGGGGUUCCUCUGGGGUUCCUCUGGGGUUCCUCUGGAGUUCUGUGUUCGUCUCAGAAACAAACAUGAAGCUAACAGAACCAGAACCAGGAGAAGACAUGGAACCACUGGAGCUGCCCCUCACUGCGCAUGCUCCGUCCGGUCACGACUCGGUUCUGCGUCUCUCCGGUCCACCAUGGCGAUGAAGGCUCUCCGGGGGAUGAUGAACGGAGCCAUGAACGAGCUGUCGUCCGCCGUCAGCGGCAGCAGACCGGCGGCCGCCGCUCCGAGCGCCGCGUCCCGGGAGCAGGUGAUGGCGGUGACCCGGGACUACAUCUCCCAGCCCCGCCUCACCUAUAAAACUGUGUCUGGAGUGAACGGGCCGCUGGUGAUUCUGGACCAGGUGAAGUUUCCACGGUACGCAGAGAUCGUCCACCUCACGCUGCCUGAUGGAACCAAGAGGAGCGGUCAGGUUCUGGAGGUGACCGGGUCCAAAGCUGUAGUUCAGGUGUUUGAAGGAACUGCAGGCAUUGAUGCCAAGAAGACCAGCUGUGAGUUCACUGGAGACAUCCUGAGGACGCCGGUCUCUGAGGACAUGUUGGGUCGAGUGUUUAAUGGAUCUGGUAAACCCAUUGACAGAGGACCAGCCGUCCUCGCCGAAGACUUCCUGGACAUCAUGGGUCAGCCGAUAAACCCUCAGUGUCGUAUUUACCCCGAGGAGAUGAUCCAAACCGGCAUCUCAGCCAUCGACGGGAUGAACAGCAUCGCUAGAGGACAGAAAAUACCCAUAUUCUCUGCUGCAGGACUUCCUCACAACGAGAUCGCUGCUCAGAUCUGUCGUCAGGCCGGUUUGGUGAAGAAAUCCAAAGACGUGAUGGACUACAGUGAGGACAACUUCGCCAUCGUGUUCGCCGCCAUGGGGGUGAACAUGGAGACGGCUCGGUUCUUCAAGUCAGACUUUGAGGAGAACGGAUCGAUGGAUAACGUCUGUUUGUUCCUCAACCUGGCCAACGACCCCACGAUCGAGCGAAUCAUCACGCCCCGCCUGGCUCUGACAUCAGCGGAGUAUCUGGCCUAUCAGUGUGAGAAGCACGUCCUGGUGAUCCUCACCGACAUGAGCUCCUACGCUGAAGCUCUGAGAGAGGUGUCUGCGGCCAGAGAGGAGGUUCCAGGUCGCCGUGGUUUCCCCGGUUACAUGUACACCGACCUGGCAACCAUCUACGAGAGAGCCGGCAGGGUGGAGGGUCGCAGCGGCUCCAUCACCCAGAUCCCCAUCCUCACCAUGCCCAACGACGACAUCACUCAUCCAAUACCUGACCUGACCGGAUACAUCACAGAGGGACAGAUCUACGUGGACAGACAGCUGCACAACAGACAGAUCUAUCCUCCCAUCAACGUUCUGCCGUCUCUCUCUCGACUCAUGAAGUCGGCCAUCGGAGAAGGAAUGACCCGCAGAGACCAUUCUGAUGUUUCCAACCAGCUGUAUGCCUGCUACGCCAUCGGUAAGGACGUCCAGGCCAUGAAGGCGGUGGUGGGAGAGGAGGCUCUGACGGCUGAUGACCUGCUCUACCUGGAGUUCCUCACCAAGUUCGAGAAGAACUUCAUCUCCCAAGGUGCCUAUGAGAACCGGAGUGUGUUUGAGACUCUGGACAUCGGCUGGCAGCUCAUGAGGAUCUUCCCCAAAGAGAUGCUGAAGAGGAUUCCUCAGAGCACCCUGGCCGAGUUCUACCCCCGAGAGGCCAAGCACUAACCGACCCCCGCUACCACCGAGCCGCCACCAUCCAGUGUCGUGUCGUGAUUUCCAACUCGUGACCUUCAUGUGGCUUCAGCAGACGUUGGAGGAGCUGAGGUUUGUUUACGAGGAGAAGCGUCCGGUCUGACAUUUCAUUAGCGAUUCCUUUAAUUAGCUAAUGAGAGGUGAGAUUACUGCGAGACAAACAGAAACAACAAGACGACGGGAACAUUUUAAUUAGAUAUCAAAGGUUACCGCGGAGUUUAGGAGUUUAGAACGACAUGAAUAACGAGCAGGAAGUUUAUUAAAUACCAAGAGAUUCAUUAAAAUAUUAAUUAAAACAUCCCAAAGAAGGUUUCAUGUCUGAUAAGGAAACAAACAGCUUCUAUAAUGAAACCUGUGGAGGCAUUUUCGAUCAUUUUGGACACAUUUUAAGUCAAUUUGGACACAUGUUGAGUCCCUUUAAAGACAUUUUAGGUCAUUUUGCACAGAUUUUAAGUCAUUUGGGACAAUUCAAAUCAGUCUGGUCAAGUUUAGAGUCAAUAAAGUAGUUUCAAGUCAUUAUUGGCGAAUUGUAAAUCAUUUAGAUCAUUUUGGACACAUUUAAAGUCAAUUUGGACACAUUUUGAAUCACUUCUGGGACAUUUUGGGCAAAUUUUAAGUAAUUUUGGGCAAGUUCCUUGUAAAAAAAAAAUCAACCUUUAAUUCCUUUUUCUUUGAAAUCAUUCAUGCACAGAAGACACCUCUGAGGAAAAUGAGCCUACAAUGAGGAAAGGGGAGGGUUAAUCGUUAAUCACAGCUUUUUUUUGAGUUCAUUCUGUGGUCAGAAGCGAUAAAAUAAAAGCUAAAUUCAGGCUGAUUCAUGUGUAUUAACAUGCUGCAGAUCAUUUCUGUCUCCUGCAUGAGUGAAAAUUGUGAGUUUAAGUGUUAACAGCAGCUCUGCGUGUUCAUCAGGCCUCAGUUUGACUCAUUUAGAAGUUUUCUGUCCCUGCAAACGAGCCGUCCGGACAGACUGUCGUGUCCUGGUUGGGAAUAAUCCGACUCCGGACACGUUUGGGGUCGUGGCGUCGCUGCAGAUGGAAUCGUAUGUGAGAGGAUGAUAAUGAGACGUUUGAGGGAGCUGGGAACUUUAAGCGCUGCAGGAUGUUGUGGAUUAUCGUUGUUUUAUUCUCGUGCCAAGAGCUUGAAGUGGUGAUGAAUCUGUGUUUCAUGUUUUCUGCUUCACGUCACACGCCGGCCCUGAGAUAUCUAUGAAUUCUGUAUUUCAGUUUGACGGUGGGUGCACGUUGACUAGAUGUACGAGCUGCAUGCGUUGUCCUUGGAUGUUCGCUGUCAUGUGGAAUAAAAGCUGCUGUCUCAUUC